AUGUUCUCCGUCGUCAUACCAGGCCGGCCGUGUCUUACAGACAUCGCGGCGGUCGAUGCUCAGCCCGGUGUUCAGCCUACCAAAUUCGCAUUUGCCUUCCCUGCUGCGCCCAGAUUCAACCAUAUUGUCGUCUUCUUUCUCCCCGGCACAGUGCUCCCGCCGGAUACAGCCGCCGCAAUCUAUCUCCAGACUCCCAACUCGAAAAUUACCCCCAAUGGGCCCGAGUUCCAAUUCCUCGGCGCAAUUGGCAACGAGAAGCCCUCUGCGAUAUUCAAGAUCGGGUCAGGGACACAGCCGGCGAAUACGGGGGUGGCACAGGAUGAUGAAAUGCUGGAUGACGGUCCCGGUGCAGUAGGAGAUGCGACCAAUGGCCAAGUGACGCUGGGGAUUUCAAUAGAGCCUGCACAGAAUGUUGCGGCACAACUGGCAGCCUUGAAUUCUGCGCGAGGACAGCCGCAAGACCCCUCGACGGCUCUUGUGCGGGUGCCGCCUCAACAGAAGCCGAUAACGACAAAGGUGCUCGCGCAAAGAGUCAUCGGCAAUGCCUUCAACUUUUUGGCUAGUUUUGCGGAGACAGACCCGAAUAAAAAGGGCGAACAAGUCAUUCCUCUGAAGAGCUUUAGAGAUUGGUGGACGAAGUUUGAACGGCGAAUCGACAUGGAUCCAACAUUUCUAGAACGCGAAGAUCCCAGUCAGUCAUAA